AUGAAGCCAAUGGUACAGCGGAAACGGAAAGGAAAGAGCCAGUCAGGAGGUGCCGAGACGUGGGAGACAAAUCUUUCCCAGAGGAGUAAGAAACCAUCUCAUUCUGAAUGGAAUAAAUGGGAGUUGCUGGCAAUGAUUGGUGCGGUCUUUCUCCUCCUUUACAUCUUUGUGUGUUAUGAGAACUUCCAUUUCCAUGUGGCUCAUAUGUAUGCUCAGCUGGGCUACCGUAAUGCUCAGCACAUCGUGGGCCAGAGAUAUCUGCAAGGAGCUGGAGUGGAAAAGAAUGAGGACAUGGCCAUGCAUUGGUUCAGACAAGCUGCAGAGCAAGGCCAUCCCCACUCUUCCUUUAACUUGGCUGUGGGGAAGCUGAAGAACAUGACCAUGGCACUUGAAGAAGGGGAAGUUGAAAAAUUCCUCAGUGUGGCAGCAGAUCAAGGGCUUAAAGAAGCUCAGGAACUUUUAGAGAACAUCAUCAAAAACAGAAAUCUUCCUUGAUGGGUCGCACAACAG